GUACAUUAGUUCAAUGUCAAUUUGUAGUUGCAUGAAGUAAUACACAUAAAUCUUGAAGGAAAAACAGUAACGAAACUUCAUCGACUGAAGCACUUUAUUUGAAAUAAUAAUUUAAAAAAGGAAAAUUUGCAAUCAAUUUGUUCGUUGCAUUGACUAGUUAAACAUUAGGAAAUCAUUUUUAGAAGAUGAAAUACUUAGUCGCUUUCGCAUUCGUUGCCGUUGUUGCCAUGGCUGCAGCAAGGCCUGAAGAUAAAUACACCACCAAAUACGAUGGUGUUGAUGUUGACGAAAUUCUCAAGUCUGAUCGCCUGUUCAACAAUUACUUCAAAUGUUUGAUGGAUAAGGGAAAAUGUACCCCAGAUGGUAGCGAAUUGAAACGUGUAUUGCCCGAUGCAUUGAAGACCAAUUGCAGCAAAUGCAGUGAAAAGCAGAAGACAGGCACCGAACAUGUUAUCAAAUUCUUGAUUGACAACAAGCCAGCACAAUGGGAACAACUACAGAGCAAAUACGAUCCGGAACACAUUUACACCACUAUGUUCCGAGAUGAAGCUAAGAACCAUGGUAUCAAUGUCUAAAUAAUGUUUUAACGGAAAGAAAUAACCAAACCGAAAAUGAUUGCAUGUAUUUAUGAUGAUGUGAGUGCUCUUGCUAUUAGUUUAUAACUUAUUUAUGUUUCAUUAAGUUAAGACAAUGCCAAACAGCUAACGUAUAAAAUGAACUAUUAUUUGGUCAGACAUGAAACAUUUAUUGUUUAGCACCCCCAAUUUUUGUAAUACAUUUGUUAUGAUAGAUGUGUAAUAUUUUUCAAAUAAAAAACCAAUCCUAGGAAAA